ACCACCACAUGCUCAUUAACCCUAACCCUUCUUCAACCUCAUUCGAAAACUCUGCAACUCUUCAAUGUCAAACCCUAAGGUCUUCUUCGACAUGACCGUCGGCGGAGCUCCGGCCGGCCGGAUCGUCAUGGAACUCUUCGCCGACACCACACCGCGAACCGCCGAGAACUUCCGCGCACUCUGCACCGGCGAAAAAGGCGUCGGAAGCUCCGGCAAACCGUUACACUUCAAAGGCUCUACGUUCCACCGUGUGAUCCCUAACUUCAUGUGUCAGGGCGGCGAUUUCACCAGAGGCAACGGCACAGGCGGUGAGUCGAUCUACGGCAACAAGUUUGCUGACGAGAAUUUCGUUAAGAAGCAUACAGGUCCUGGAAUUCUGUCGAUGGCGAACGCCGGUCCGAACACGAACGGAUCUCAGUUUUUUAUAUGUACUGCUAAGACUGAGUGGCUGGACGGUAAGCAUGUGGUGUUUGGACAGGUUGUUGAAGGUAUGGAUGUUGUUAAGGCGAUCGAGAAGGUCGGAUCUGGAAGCGGAACUACUUCUAAGCCUGUAGUUAUUGCAGAUUGUGGUCAACUUUCUUAGAUCUGUUAACUGAUAGUUUGAGUCUUGAUGUUUUGGGUAUAAUUCUGCUUUGUUGGUUAUCUAGAGGAUUUGUUAGGGCUUGUGUGAGGUUUGUGAUAUGGUGAUUUCAGCGUCUGCUUUUGUUGAUGAAGUUAGCUUUUAAGUGAUCAUCGUUAUCGUUAUGAAAUAAUAUUAGAUCCAGUUAAUAAUUUCGUUGGCUUUUUGAA